AAUAGAGUUAUGACUGCUGUUUGGUACAGUGGACGAAUAAAGCUGCGGCGGAGCCACCAGAUGGCUCACCAUGUCUAAUGCAGGAGUAUAACCUCUUUCCAGGCUUAUCAUGCUUGCCGUUCGUCAUAGAUGCAUCGACACAAUAAGCCGGUUCUGGCCACCUUGUUUUGAGCUCCCGGGCGCAACGGAUGACUAUUGGUUGCUUCGAGCUGCGCGUCUGACCUCAUGCUCCCCCCUUCUGAAGGCGAAGAUGGCUUUCGCUUGCGAGCAUAUGAGGCCUCGACGAUACCUGCUUCUACGGCCGAACCGGUCCAAUUGCAACAUGGGCAGAACGGAGACGAGGAACGCGCCGGCCUCGUUACAGACAGGUUUGAUGCCGCUCUUCUUUUCGCAUCCCCUUCUCGCGCUGAGGCCGCGACAUCGCUUCUAGUCUCUUUCGAAUCACCAACAGGCUGGUCCGAUUUGCCAUCUGAUGCGGAGGAUACAUUCUUUUUGGACGACGAUGAGGCGGAAGACUACUUUCGAGACGCGCUGAGGCGGCGAAUUGAGAUAGAUCACAAGCAUCGCGUCGAGCAACGAGACCAGCAGGAGGCGUUAAUCAAGGCCGACGAGGAGCGCAGACUCGCUUCGGAAAAUCUGCUCACACAGGAACAGCUGGACUUGAUGAAGCGGACCGCCGCUGCAGUUCGAAAUUCGCCCAAUCCGGCCGCACUAGAGAUGCGCAUUCUCUCCAACCACGGCUCUGACAUGCGCUUUGCCUUCCUGAGAAAGGGCUCAAAAGCAAGAUGGACGGACGAAUGGAAAAGGCUCAAGCGCGGUGAACAACUUUUGCUUCCCUAUGAAAAUACAUCUCCUUCUAUGGAGCUAGGGAAGCCUUCGAAAUUGCUCGACAAGUACGAUAGUGACAGUGACAGCGAUGCAGAACUCGUAACGAGGUCUUCGAACCCAGGCCAAUCUAAGACAAAACCAGACAAACUUGCGAAAGCACGUGCGUGGGCGGCCAAGCGUCAAAAACUGGACGGAUGCGCCUUUAUGCCUGCUGCGGGAAGUGAAUAAUUACCGCGUGACGAUUCUAAGCAAGUGUUCUAUAAUUUCUAUGCUAGAACGAUCAGAGCGUCAACAAGCGGUCGUGUGGAUUGCAGUAUCAAGGAGCCUUCACCCAUUCCGUAUUUGAGCCAAAGCGUUUGCAGACGUUGCGGAGUGCAAUCAUGACGUGUACGUC